CAGUUCAGCUCCUGUCGGCACCGCUGAAGAGGACGAAAGUGACCUAACAUUGAAAAUGCGUGUCUUCCAAGUAGUAGUAUUCGCGGCAGUGUGCGUCGCUGCUCACGCGGGUUACAUAGGCGCCGGCUACGGAGGCGGUCUAUCAGGCUAUGGUGGACAUUCAGGCUACAGCGGGUACUAUCCCGUUCAGGACUAUGGACACAGUCAGGAUUAUUAUUCAUACCCGAAGUAUUCAUUUGACUACGCUGUAGCUGAUCCUCACACCGGUGACCACAAGACUCAGUGGGAGAGCCGAGACGGUGACGUCGUCAAAGGUGCAUAUUCCCUUGCCGAGCCUGAUGGCACCACUCGCAUCGUUGAGUACACAGCUGACAAGCACAACGGUUUCAACGCCGUGGUCAAACGCAUCGGUCACGCUCAGCACCCGCAACCUCACUACGAUCACCACAGCUCUGGCGGUUAUUACUCCCACUACUAGAUGGUGCUGUCACUACGCACCACGUAGUUCCAAUGCUUUCCAAUAGAUGGCACUGUUUUAAGUUUGAACAAUCAUCAGAAAAUUUCUGAAACCAGUGCCAGACUGUGAUAUUAACUUCGAUCUACUAUUUAUAAUAUUGUAAUGUUAUGCACUUAUUGAAAUAUUUAUCGCAAAUAUGAUAGUUUGUAAGUUAUGUAAAGUAACAACAAAUCGUUAAUUGUUUUGAUACUGUGGGAUGACAAAUAAAGGAAAUACUUUUCUA